CGCGCCGGCGGCGCGCGCACUGACGGGAGCGUCGCGAGCGUCGCGGCGGCGGCGUCGGCGGCGUUCGGCAGACUGACUCCCAGCGAGGAGGAGGCAGAUGAGCGGAGAGCAGCGUUCGGUUCGGCGGCGGCGGGCAGCCGCUCAGUUACGCAACUGGCAAACGUAAACCGCAGAGUUUGCUUCACUGCGCGUGUGCCGCGGUGACAGGUAACGGUCGGAACCGAAGUUCGGAUACUGUUACCGGACGAGAGGGAGGGACGAGCGAACGGUUGAGUUUACGCGUACGGCGCCGCGACAUGAAGAGGAGCGACUCCUGGACGGAGUGAUUUCUUUCGGGCGUCCGGUGCUGCCGACGCGUAGACGCUGCUCUCAGGGGCCGCAUGAAAGUGAAAAUGCUUCGCUUUUGAACUUCCAUCUCCAUAAGUGGAUGUGAUCAAGAGCAAUCAGACUUCAUUAUCCAGACACUGGGUGCAUCCAAUGGAUCUAAGUGUGACCCAAAGGCUGUUGCACCCAGGCCCAGAUCCAGCCAUGCUGGCUCCCCGCUCUCAUUUCUUCCUGGGUUCCCUUGCUUCUCAGCACUGCCCCCCAUUUUCCCAGCAGCACUUGCAGUACAGCAUUGAACAAAGACAAAGAGAGAUGGAAGAAGAGAAAAGAGAAGAGAUACAACAGCUGAUACGAAAGAGUAAAAAUGAACAGAGUGCUGUAGCCAGUCCCCUGGUAAAGCAAAAGCUACGGGAACAUAUAAUCAUGAAGAGUCAGCCCACCCAUGACAGGGUCACUCCCAACCACAGCAGCCCUUCAACGGGAUACAGGAUACCAGUCCCUGACGUGUCCUCAAAGCCUAAGGAGGAUUCAGCCUGUGACCAGCGCAAGGACCUCGCCCUGCGUAGAACAGUGUCAGAGCCCACUCUGAAGUGGAAGAUAAAGAAGCUCAUCAGUACAAGGCCAAGCCCACUGCAGCGUAAGAUCAGUGCCCCUCCUGCUGUCAAGCACAGGACAGAAACUCUGGACUCCUCCCCAAGCAGCAGUAGCAACCCUGCAUCAGGCUGCAGCUCACCCAACGACAGCCUCCAUUCAGAUAACGGGAACCUCUCAGUGGCUCAUGAGGCCCAGAGGUUGCUGUUGAAGGAUGGCAAUUCAACACAUUUUGCCCUGCCCCCCAAGCCCACCGCCGUGCCUAACAUUAGUGCUGGACUCCCUGCACAGGCUGACCUACAGGUAGCCAGGCCAUUGGCAGUACCUGCCUUAAAUCAACUCUACCUGCCUGUGGAAGGGAGCAGCCCAGCUUUCACGCAGCAUCUGCAACCUGUGCUCAUACUGGAACCACAUACCGGACUAGUGCACUCUCAAUUUGUCUCCUUUCACGGGUUAAGCUCUGUUCCACUGCAACAGCAACAUCACCAGUCCUCUUCCUCCAGAAGAGAAGGUGUUGUCAACCUGUCUUUACACAAACCUAUAGAGAGAACGCGCUCUGAGCCGCCACCCUACAGCCACUCAUCCCUAACUUUGAACCCCGGCUACACCCACAACCACCACCAACUGCUUCAGCCAUUCCACAAGAGCGGAAUGGAAAGGUUCAAGCAGCCACACCUCAGCAAGAUCCCGUCAGAGGACAUGGACCUGGAGGAGAUUGGAUCGGGAUCGGGCUCAGAGCCCGGGUCUUUGUGCAGCUCAGAACCAGGUUCCAUUUGUGAAGACAGCUACCGCAGGAGACAGAGCACCGCCAGCACAGACUCAGUUUAUGGCACGGAGUCCACAACCUCCUCACGGGAGAGCUUGAUUGAGGCUUCACAUUCCAACAGUCAGAGACACAUGAUCCUUAGACCAGGUCUCCAGUUGGAUCCCCUGAGUGGAUCUGCCUUAAUCUGGCCACACCAGCCUCUGGUUCGGACCCGGUCCUCCCCAGCAUCCACCUCAUUGCCCCCUCCUCAUCCAUCCACCCCUAUACCAUCUCUCUCAUUAUCGAAUCCUGCUGCAGAUACCCAGCUUCGCUUCACUACAGGUUUGGUUUAUGAUGGUCAGAUGCAAAAACACCAGUGUACAUGUGGAGACAACAGCCGACACCCUGAACAUGCUGGAAGGAUUCAAAGCAUUUGGUCCAGGCUACACGAAAGAGGUCUCAGAAAUCAGUGUGAGCGUAUCCGCAGUAGAAAGGCCACGCUAGAAGAACUGCAGUCAGUCCAUUCAGAAAAACAUGUGCUUCUAUUCGGCACCAACCCGCUCAACCGGCUCAAGCUGGACAACCGCAAGUUGGCUGGAAUUCUGUCUCAGCGAAUCUUUGUGAUGUUACCAUGUGGAGGAGUUGGGGUUGAUAUUGAUACAACCUGGAACGAACUUCACACCUCAGCAGCUGCUCGCAUCGCCGCAGGAUGUGUUACAGACCUGGCACUGAAAGUGGCACAAAGAGAGCUGAAGAAUGGCUUUGCAGUGGUGAGGCCCCCCGGACACCAUGCAACCCACUCCUCUCCUCUGGGCUUCUGUUUCUUCAACUCCGUGGCCAUCGCUGCCAAGCAGCUCCAACACAAAGUCAAUGUCAGCAAGAUUCUAAUCGUGGACUGGGAUAUACACCAUGGCAACGGCACCCAGGAGGCUUUCUAUAGCGACCCAAGUGUUCUGUACAUCUCUCUACAUCGCUAUGACGAUGGCAACUUCUUUCCCGGUAGCGGGCAUCCCAAUGAGGUGGGCGCAGGUGCAGGCGAGGGCUUCAACGUCAACGUAGCAUGGACAGGGGGGCUGCACCCUCCCAUGGGUGAUGCAGAGUACCUGGCUGCAUUCAGAACUGUGGUGAUGCCAAUAGCUCACAAGUUUUCCCCGGAUGUGGUGCUGGUGUCAGCUGGCUUUGAUGCUGUCGAAGGCCAUUCCUCAUCACUGGGAGGCUACAAGGUCACAGCCAAGUGUUUUGGCUUCCUGACCCGUCAGCUGAUGUCUCUGGCCGGCGGUCGAGUGGUGCUGGCUUUGGAGGGGGGGCACGACCUCAAGGCUGUCUGUGACGCGUCUGAGGCCUGCGUUAGUGCCUUGCUGGGCAUGGAGGUGGAGCCACUGUCCCAGUCUGUGUUGGACCAGAAGCCAUGUGACAACGCCGUCCGAUCGCUGCAGAGAGUCAUCCAGGUCCAGGGUGAGUACUGGCAGAGUGUGAAGGAUUCGGCCGCCACAGUGGAUCAGUCCUACCUGCAGGCACAGAGGCGGCGGCUGAGACGAGACUCGGACAGCGAGGCCGUCAGCGCCAUCGCCUCACUGUCAAUGGGAUCCCUGAUAUCUGACAGGAAACAGGCAGAAACAUGCGAUUCCCUCUGAAGAAGAGUCUCCUGACAGCUGUCUUCAGCCAUGGAGGAUGGAAAUACACCCCCACACACACACUUACACACACUCCCAUACAGCAGUGCAUUCAGACCAUCACUGGAACCAGAUGUCCUCCUCAGUGCUACCACUGUAUUCACCUCCACCUACUACUUGCUGACCAGUCUGGUUCAAACACACUGAGGAGCACCGUUCAACAUGUCUUUUCCUGAAAGGCACGUCACUCACUAACCUGAAAUGGAGGACACCCAGAGGCAGAUGAAUGAAGGACCUGCGCUCUUGAAGCAUUUGGAGCGAACUCCGCUUCGCAACUUUAAACAUUCACAUUGUUAACACUCCCACGGGACCUAAACAAGACCACUCAGAAACCUUGAAGCCAGAUCAAAAGUCCUGCUGGCGGAAAGGAGUCGUCCCUGCAGGACGUGCCUGUGAAGGAGAACAGACGUAUUCCACGCACUUCAUGUGCGUCCCUCUAUGAUGAUGUCAUUUGUCUGCAUGUGACAAAGAUCCGGUGAAGGAAAAGACCUUCUCUGGUCGUUUUGCACUGUACCGUUGUUGACGUGAACCGGACGAGAAGGAGGAGGCCGCAUGUUCACAAUUAGAGAUUUUGUUUGCUUGUAUUUGUAGUUCAUCAAUAAUUUGACUUCAUUUUUGUUGUAGUAUAAGAGUCCAGUAAUCCAGAGUGAAGCUAGACUGACGUUGGACUUACAUAUGUUUCAUAUUGUUUUGUAUAUCCACGCAUUUCUUUCUUUUUUGCUUGUUUCUGGCCUGCCGGGUGACCACACGCAGCAGCUGCUGCAGUUAUUGUCUUUGCUCCCCGGCAGAGAGAAGAAGGCACCUCGGCCUUCAGUGAAACGCGUGUUACACGUACAGACACACUGUACUUUGUAUUUGUGGCGUUGGUCACAAUGAAGAGCUAAUACCUCUAUAGUCAUCGGAGUGUCCGUCUGGAGGGGAAACGUUUCUCUUUGAAAUUUUCUUUCCACGUCAGCAAAGAUAGACAUCUCCCAUGAUGCCUCAGUGCAGCGCAACCACUCAGAAAUGAUUGUACACGUGACUAUGCAGAUUUUGUUUGUCAGGAGGCUCAUUCAAACAAUUCAGAUGAGUCAAAUCCAAAGAAUUUUUAUCAAUCACACACAAAGUGCACUUACGGCCCUCAGGACAUGAGGGUCAGAAUGACUCGGGUCUUAAUAUCUGAAGUCUGACACGCUUCUUUAAAGGACCAGUGUUUUUACCUGUGGAUGAGCAUUCCUGCUGUGUUUAAUAAAUCGCUUUUAUACAGUACAUUAACUUUUUUUGUAUCAAGGACAAACUGAGCUGACAUUGGUCGUUUCUGUAGCACCGUCCCGUGUACUGUUGGCGUCAGGGGUGUUUUGCUCCCCGGACGAAGCGAUGACAUUUCAGCAGUUAGAAUGGAGCAAUAACAGUGAGACAGCUGAGUAUCCACACAGUGCAAUUGGACACAGGUUAAGCGCAACCAAAGUUUAUGAGAACAAUGUGCCGUCCUGAAUUGGCAUGGUUGGAAGAACUUCAAAGUCUUUGAGGAGUUUGUGAAUGUUUCUUUUUUUAUCCAAACAGUUGAACAGCAUCAAAAGCACAGGACAGAUACAUAAACAAAUUCAUUUCACAAAGCAAAAACCUGAAUGACUUUUAUUUAUGCAUUCAGAUUCCGUGUCUUUGAAGUGCUCUUUGCAUGUCUAACACAAUUUUGACGGUGCUAUAGAUUUUUUUUUAAUACCGUACAUUGCUCUGUUUGUUUCUUUCUUUAUGUUUCAUUGUGUAUGCAAAUGAAAACCCGUCCUGUCUCUGUUAACAGAAUGAAAAUGUGAAUAACUGAGAGCGUGGAGCAGUAUUAGCUCCGCGUCAUGUAGGACACUCUAGCAUCUUGACAUAGGACAGUCGUGGCACUGACCUGACCGACCGUCUUCACCUCUGUCUUAAUUAAAACAAAUGACUUAUUUUUGUAUUUGACUUCAAACAAUGCUUCAACACAUUCUUAGAGACCAAAUUAUCAGCCUUGUGCCUUCGUGUAUGAUUCUGACCAACCUGUGUGCAGUUAACCUCAACAAUGUGGAUCUUAAUUAAAACUGUUUUAUUCAGUUUUUUCUUAAUUUACUGUUUGGUUGUUGUACAGUUUGUACAUAUAAGUUUGUCUUUUGUCGUCUCUUUUCUACUAUUUCUGUUUCCAAACAUCACAUAAUAAAGGUAAAUUAUACGCA